UGCGUUUAUCGACUUCCACACUGCCCUAACACGCCCUCCCUUAUAUAUAACACCGCUUCCCCCUCUCCUUCUCUCCCAACUAAAUCCCAACCAACUCCAACCAUUAACCCAUUUUCAGCUCUCUCAUAUUCUCUCCUUCUACCUCUGUCUUUCUAUCUCUUACCAAAAUCCAUUCUUUCGGCCUUUUCGUCCAUCCUAUGGAUCACGAGAUUGACGUUCCACCCUUCUUUAUCUGCCCCGUUUCAUUCGAAAUCAUGAAGGAUCCCGUGACUGUGUCCACCGGUGUCACCUACGACCGUGAGAGUAUUGAGAAAUGGCUCUUCUCCGGCAAAAACAUGACCUGCCCAGUUACUAAACAACCCCUGUCGCAUGACAUCGAUCUCACCCCUAACCACACCCUUCGCCGAUUGAUUCAGGCUUGGUGCACCGUGAACGCUUCUCACGGCAUCGAAAGGAUUCCCACACCCAAGCCUCCAAUCACCAGAACCCAGAUUACCAAGCUUAUCAGGGACGCUUCCCGAUCACCUCAAUCCCUCACUCGGUGUCUCGGAGAACUCAAAUGUAUCGCUUCCGACAGCGAGGCUAACAGACGCUGCAUGGAAGCCUCUGGCGCUGUCGAGUUCUUAGCAUCUGUUAUAUCCGCAGCCUCGUCCCAGGAGGAGCCUAACCAGGACGAGGCCUUAAGCAUUCUCCACAGCCUCCACGUGUCCGAAGCUAGCUUAAAAUCUCUCAUGGCCUUCAGAAACGGCAGGUUCAUUGAUUCCUUAACCUCAGUCAUGCAGAGGGGAGGCUUCGAGUCACGAGCCUGCGCGGUUCUUUUACUGAAUUCAAUGUUCCAAGUGGCUGAUUCUGCACGUUUGUUCAACAUAAGAUAUGAAUUAUUCGUUGAAUUGGUACAAGUUCUUAAAGAUCAAAUCUCCCAGCAGGCUACAUAUGCGACGCUGCAAACACUGAUCCAACUCUGCCCCUGGGGGAGAAACAGGUACAGGGCAGUAAAAGUAGGGUGUGUUUGGGAAUUAAUAGAACUUCUUCUGAAUUGUGAGGAGAGGAAGGUGUGUGAGAUGAUGCUGGUGGUGUUGGAUAUCCUGUGUGGGUGUGCGGAGGGAAGAGCAGAGCUGCUGAGCCACGGGGCAGGGCUGGCCGUCGUGUCGAAAAAGAUUCUGAGGGUUUCGACGAUGGCGAACGAGAGGGCGGUGAGGAUUCUGCUGUCUGUUUCAAUGUUCUCGGCGACUCCGAGUGUUGUGCAGGAAAUGAUACAGGUGGGUGUGGUGGUGAAGCUGUGUUUGGUGAUGCAAGUGGAGAGCGGAAGCAAGACGAAAGAGAAAGCUAGAGAGAUUCUCAAACUGCUUGCUCAUUCGUGCAAUAAUACUUCAUGCAUACCCACCAGUUUGGAAACAUAUAGUUUGGGAGUACAGAUUAUAAACAAUCAUUCACGGGCAUCAAGCAUGGCCCGUUAAGGGAAGGCUAGGUAUCAAGUUGGGUUUCCCUGCUCAAGUUUAAGAGAAUCCAACAUUAAGGGAAGGUUAAUUAGCUGUCAAAUGUAACAUAUACUACUUCCAAAUCACAACAUAGGGCAUUGAUGACUAAUUUAUGAUUAUAAAAAAUGUUAAUUGAAACUUAAAUUUCUUUUAAAAAAAGUACAUCUUUUCAAUUAUAUCCUCAUUAAAUAAUCUAUAUAAGUGUCUUGGUAAUGACAAUUAAAAU